GAUCUGGUUUUUGGAAGAUAAGAUGUAUAGUCUUACCAUUUUGCUAACCAUAAGUUGCUUGAAUUUAGCCAAUGGAAUCGUCAGAGAAUAUUACAUGGAUGGACCUAGUACUUGUGGACAAACAAUUAUCAUAUAUGACAACACCAUCAACUUGGCAGCACGCUCCCCAAUCUCUACCCCCAACCCUCCCUCCACAUGUACAACAAUCCUCAGGUCUGGCUACACGGACCCCUACUACUACAUCAAAGUGGAAUGGACUGCUACCAUCAAAGACUGUGCAUUUUCUCUAAGCAUCUUUGAAGGAACUACAGCAUCCGGAUCCCCUGUUAAAAAUUUUCGUUGCUUAGGAGACCAGGAAAAUACUGGUGUUAUUGAAGUUCGAAAUUCAGACAUCACCGUGUAUCUAACCCAGGCCCGAGUAUUCUUCCAACCUUACAACACUUUUAAUCUACGUAUUACAACAUUCCGUGACCCGUCUGCACCAGAGUUAUCAGAAGGCACUUCAAAGCUUCCCACUGGUGCUGUUAUAGGAAUCGUGAUUGGUCUAUUUGCUCUCAUUGUGUUCUGCAUAGUAAUGUGUUGGUUCUACAAACAGGGAAAGCUCAGUUUUUUAGAGAAGAAGUCAAUGCAGAGCUACAGAGGAGGAGUUAUCGCCUCUGGUAAAUCUGACAACAUAUUCCACAGUGUCAAUGGAGGUUCCACAGGUUAUGCAGAAUCAAUUGGCAACUCAGAGGCCUCCUUCUCCUCCAAAAACUGGGAAAACCAGCAGAUGUGGGCUAGUUUGACACAUACCCCAACUAUGGGAAGAAAAGUAAAACCUGUGGCACCCCCUAAAGCACCUCCACUUCCUUCUGCUCAGGGCAAAGAGAAGAGCUGGGAAAGUGACAGCCAGACAUCAGGAGUUAGGGACACCAAUUUACCAGUCAUGUCUUCUUCACCCCCAAGGGGCAGGAGGAGGACCAAAAGUACUGAGGAACCACCAAGAGGACGUCGACCAGUCAUGGAAAAUGACAACAAUAAUGUAAAACGAAACUAUCAUAACCAUGGCUACACUGACCAAGAAGACUAUGAAAAAGAAAACAUUACCAACAUAAAAAAAGAAACUAAUGUUGAUGAUGUGUUUGAGACUACUUCACCAACAACUGGAAUCUUGCAUGAACUUAAAAGAGAGCUUUCACGUAGACAGAGCAUGAAGGAAUUGAAAACAGAAUCAGAUACCAGUGAAAAAAAUAUUGCAGAUUCUAAAGAAGGCCCAGCUUCUGAGAGCACUCCAAGAACUUCUCGUAAAGCAAAUGGUCAGCCAGAGGAGACAGGUACUUUUGACAAGUCAAAGUAUGCUGGUAUUGAUCAACAGAGUGAGGUGGGGGAACCAGACAAAAUUACCAACCCAUUGCUGCGAACAAAUCCAGCCAUUAGGGCCUCUGUCAGUUCCCUCAGAUCCAGAACAGAUGAAUCUCCAGGAUCAAAACGGAAGAAACGCAAAAAGAAAUAUGUUGGCAUUCACAAGAAGCCUAGUAAAGGGAAAGGAGACAGCCUGGAAAACACAACAGAUGACUCUGUUCAAAACAACUCCUUUGAUUCUAUGCCACCUGUUCAUUUAAAAGCAGAUGAUGGGCCCCUUCCUCCUGAGGCUUUAGCUCCAGUUUUUGCAACAGAUUCAUCUGUAAUGCAACAUUUUUACCCUCCUCAACAAGACUUUCACAACCAAAUAAAUGAAAUCGUUUUGUUGGGUUAUGAUGCUUAUGGUAAUGCUGUGUACGGCAACCCUCAUCAAUACCAGCAUGGUGGACAGAGUUAUAUGAUUGAUCCACAUGGGAACUAUAUUCCUGUGGCUGAUAUGUCAUAUCCUGGGAUGCCAGGAUUCACUUCCACUCCAGGACAUGACUCAUACAAUACACCUUAUCAUAGUCAACAUCCUUUGCCUCAAGGCCAGCUCGCAAGGACAAAUCUGAUGAAUACUAUGAACAGCAGCUCUUUAGUGCCAUCUGGAAUAGUCUUGGAUGAUCCUCAGGUCCCUCCUCCAGGGGGCACUAUAGUUCGCUCUGCAGUGGACAAAAAAACGGGGGCACAAGUCAAUCAAACAAUAUGGGCAGAUAGCAAAAGAGAUCCUACAGACCCCCCUCCUGGAGAUCAUAAUCCACAAAUUUCUCGCAAAACUAUUGUCCGUGUGACUACAAAAGAUGCCACAGAUGGGAAGCUUCCUUCAGCACCUGACCCAGCCCUUCAGGAGAUUUCCUUUAAUGCAGCCCAGCAGAUAAGAGCUCACCCUGAGGAGGACCCUGCUUUCCUGUCCCCCUCUAAACCCAUCAGACCAGUGGCAUCAAAUGGACUUCGCACCAUGUAUGCUUCAGAAACACCAGAGAGGGAGAAUGCUGCAUUUUAUUCCAACAUUCAACCUCCUGCUGUAAUGGAGACACCAAAGACUUCAGUGAUGCGUGAUGCUCCUGUGAAAAGCCAUGCAAUCCGUGACAAAGUGACAGUCUGUAGAGAGGAGGAAGAGAUAUAGCUGAUAUUGGAAUGUGUGAAACAGAGGACAAAUAGAAAUGAGCCAAACUUUUAUAAAAUUAAUUAACUUUUUAAAGAAUUCAACUUUUUUAAAGCAAUAUGUAUUGAACAUUUUUAGAUAUAUUGGUCAAAGACCAGAAAAGAUGAUACAAUGGUAGGGUGUCUGUCACCUGUCUGUAAGUUAUUUUUCAAAACUCUACUCAUUCUACAGUUUUGAUCCAAUUUCAAUGAAACUUGCUAAAAAAAAAGUUUUAAAGAUGUGGUUGAACUUUGGGAUCUUGAACAUCAAUAUCUUGAAUAUCAUAGAUAUGUGGAAGUCUGAACUACUCUUUUUCUAUGUAUUUUAACCUCAAUAUAACAAAUCGUAGGAUAUUUCAAAGUUUUUCUCAGUCCUUUCCUGUUCAAGAUAACAGGGUUUAACUGUACAUAAUUCUUGUGAUUACAGUGUAGCCAUUAAAUAUUAUAUGUUUGGAAUGAGCACUUUUAGUAUUUGGUCCGAUUUUAUUAAAGCCCAGGAGAAGUAGACCAAACGAAGAUAUAUUGUUCUGUACCAGGUGUGGAUUUUGAUGACAAUGUGCCAUUGUUACUGCUUUAUGAAGAUUUUGGUGAAUGAUGCAAUGUACAUAUAGUACCAUGAUUUUAUUACAGUAAAACAUGCUUAUAGCAAUCACGUUUAUAAUGAAUUGACACUUAUAGCGAAGUGAUUUUCAUUCCCCAUUACCUUAAAAUACAUUAUAAAGUUAUCUGAUAUAAUGAAUUACACUCAUAAUGAAGCAAAAUUGCCUGUCCCUGGCACUUCGUUAUAAGCAUGUUUUACUGUAUAUCUUGGCACAAGUUCAGAAAUGAUUAGGAUACUUUUUUUAGAUAGGUAAAAACUCAACAAAAAGUUUUCCAAGUCCAUUUUCACCUUCUCUUCCUCUGUAAGUCCAAACCAAUAGAGCUUUAGUCACAUCAGAUACUUGUGGAUUAUUUCAUUUUGAUGCAUUUUUAUACAUGAUUUUAGUAUACAUCAUAUUUUAAAAUUUUUUGUAAAAGAAAUUUUAGCAGGCACUUGUAUGUUAAGCAAAAAAUUAAUAAUACUGUCUUAAACAGCUUAUUAGUUACAUUGUAGAUUCUGCACUUAUGACAUUUUUCCUUAUCAGAUGUUGAAAUCUUGUUAUAUUUUUAAAGAGUUAGACUUUGUAGUUGUGAAUGCAAUAUUUCAAAGAUGUGAAAAAAUCAAUUUUUGUCACAAUUGUUGGUCAUUUAAAAUUUAUGCAGCCCUCAUCUUGUCAACAUAGCCUCUUUCAUAAUUAUAUUUGUCUAUUACUGGCAUUAGAAAAACACCCCAUAUACAUGUAUGUAUUUACUGGAGCAAAAAUCUUAUUCAUUCAUAUAUUCAAACCAAAAUUGAUGACUUGUGUAACUACAUGUAUUAACUUGAACUUGGACCAAUCAUGAAGCUACACUUCUUUUUAUAAAUCAGCAAAAAUCAUCAGCCACAGCCAAAUUAAGAAUAAGGCAAUGCAGAUAAUUUGUGGAAAUUCAACUGUUGUUAAAUAAUUGAUGAUUUUAACAAAUAUAUGCAGAAUUGAUGAUGAAUUGAUUUUUAUUCUAAAAUUAAGCCCACUUUUUUUGGAAGUUUGAAAUGUGGUACCCAAUUGUAUAUUUCAUAUGUUAAAAGAUUACUUCUUCUGGAGUAUGUUUUUAUAUAUAUUAAGAUAAAAAUUGAUCCCAUUCCUGGUUCCAACCUCUAAGGUAAUCAGGUUGAAAUUAACAUGAUAUAUUGUCUUUACAGUACUUUGUUUUAUUAUAUUUUACUUAUAUUUGUUGUAGUGAUAUUGAUUUUUGGUAGAUUACAAUAAAACUAUGUUUAUACAGAA